AUGUCUCAAAUCUCGGAUCCCCCCUUCCCCUCCCCUCAUCCAUACCCCCAUAGACCAAGGCGAGCUUCGAACCCUCCUGACCCGCCUCUGACCCUUCUUCAUCCCGGGCCAACGCGGACAACUUCACCUUGGUCAAUAUCAAACAUCGGCAGCGGUAUUCGAAAAGACAUCUCCUCACGUCUCCCAUACUACCUAUCCGACUGGACAGACGCAUGGAAUUAUCGUGUCAUCCCUUCCACAGCUUUCAUCUUCUUCGCUAACAUCUUACCUGGCUUAGCAUUCAGUUUAGACUUGAUAGAGACCACUGGGGAAUACGGAGUUCAAGAAGUGUUGUUGAGUAGUUUUAUGGCCGCUUUUGUUUUUUCGGUACUAGGAGGACAACCUUUGCUCAUCUCAGGUGUCACUGGCCCUAUAACCGUAUUCAACAAAACCAUCUAUGAUAUCUUUCACCAUCACCCUAACUUUAUCUAUCUUCAUUUCAUCGGUUGGGUCUAUCUAUGGGCUGCUAUCCUUCAUUGGAUUGCUGCUCUUCUCGGUGCUGUCCGGGGAUUGAAAUACGUCACUCGGUUCUCUUGUGAUACAUUCGGAUUUUACGUAUCGGCGGUUUACGUGCAAUAUGGUAUCCAAACUGUUACUCGACAAUUUUCUCAGUCAAGUGUGACAGCUUCGAUCUUAGGUGUUUUGUUGGCGGUGAUGACAUUGGUCUUACCACAUUAUUUCAACGCUGUGGCUGGGAGUGGGUAUACGAAUAAACAGGUGAGGAGGUUUUGUGCGGAUUAUGGAAUGCCUAUAACCAUUAUUGCUGUGACAGGGCUGGCAUACUGGGGGAGAUUUGAUCGAUUUGUACGAGAACCUUCUAUGACACUUCCCACCACCUCCCCGUCUUUUCAAGCGGUGAAAGGCCGACCAUGGCUCGUUCGCUUCUGGCAGUUGGAGGGGAAAUGGGUGGGUAUAGCAUUCCCCUUUGGUCUGGUACUUUUCAUUUUAUUUUAUUUCGAUGCUAAUGUAUCUUCACUCAUUGCUCAAGGAUCGGAAUAUCCAUUGAAAAAGCCCCCAGGAUUCCAUUGGGAUUUCUUCCUCUUAGGUGUGACUACCUUAAUCGCUGGCUUACUCGGUAUUCCCGCUCCUAACGGUCUCAUUCCCCAAGCUCCAUUACACACGGCCUCUUUGGUCGUGCUAGGCUACGAAGCUCCUUCCUCUUUCGAGCCGUCUUCAUCUUCUGGCCCUUCAGAUUCUGCAACGCCCGCUGAACAUCCAAAACACUCCCAACAAACACGGAAUGAUCUGGAAAAAGUUGAAACCGAAUCUGCUCGAAUCAACGACAUAGGUAAUAUGGAGACGGGUAUUCGAUUGCGUGUCACGAACGGUGCAUCGGGAAGCAACGAGACUUUCCAAGCAAUCGGAGGAAGAGAGGAGGAUAGAAGACAGUUACGGGAAGUACCCGUGGGUGUUGUUGAGCAGAGGGUCUCAAAUCUGGCUCAGGGAACUUUAUGCUUGAUACUCAUGACAACACCAUUUGAACAUGUGUUGGGGUUGAUACCUAAAGGUGUCAUGGCCGGUUUGUUUUGGUACAUGGGUACCGACGCUUUAUUAUCCUCAGGAAUCACCUCCAAACUUCUUUUCCUAAUUCGAGAUCGUCGAUCUACUUCCUCUGACGAUCCACUUCAUCUAGUCCGACCAUCCCGUAUAAUCCUUUUCACAUUCGUUGAACUCCUCGCGUUCGGUGCUACCUUCGCUAUAACUCAAACUAAAGGUGCUAUAGGUUUUCCUGUGAUUAUCAUGUUGCUAGUUCCUAUCAGAGUAUGGUUUGUUCCUCGUAUGGGUUUCAAGAGGGAAGAGUUAGAAGUUUUGGAUGGACCUGUAGCUAGUGAAUUCACUUUGGAGAGUGUCGGUGGGUCUUUGGGACGGUGA